CGAGCAACGGCGGCGCACCUGCCGGUCGUUGGUGCUGGCGGCUUGCAAGUUGCGUCGCGCCAGUGCGCUCCAGUAGUGCUCCAGCGGUGCUAGCGUCCACCUCGGGUCUUCCUGUUCCUCUUUGCGCCUACUUCGGCCGCGCUAGAGCAGCCUCUACGCCGACCUCGGCCGUACUCUCGAGAAUGCAGUCCAACUCCUGCGCGCUGUGCCAGCUCGCGAGGGUGGAGGGUGUACGCGAGUGCAUAUUUUGCCAGCACACGUCGAGGGCGGACCGGCUUGGUCUGGCGACGGACGCAGUCGAGCGCCGCCUCUUCUCGCGCGACCCAUUCUCGUCCCGAGCCAACGGGCUCGCCGACCCAGGGCUGCCGCCGCAGUCUCAAACUCAGCACCGGCUAUGGAUGCUCCGCCUAUCCUCUCGGCACGGCUCCGCUCGCGAUUUCAUUGCCGCGCUCAACCGGAUGCCAGACGAGGUGAGGCGCCUCGGGGAUUCCGCACCGUUCAAUCCAGAUGCGCCAAGGGACAUGAUCCUGGUGCGAACGUCCAAGUAUGGGAUGCUCAUGCUAGCACGCUACCACCCCGCCUCGGCUCCCUCACUGGCGGCGACCAAAGCGGCCGUCUCCCGCAUGUCCUCCUUCUUUGCAACGGCGCCGACAUUGCUGGGCACCGGCGUCAGCUGCUGGGCCAUGGGCAGGGACCCGGCCUCCCGCGCCGGCAACUAUGUUGGCGUGGGCACGGUCGCACUGGGCGAGCUGGACGAGGCCGCGCGCGACCAAUGCGUGGCCGUGCUCUGCGCGCGCGCCGAGAAACAUCGGUCCCGGCUGAGGGCGCUCGAGGGCAUCUGUGGGGUGCACCGGCCCUCUCCGCCGGGCAGUGCUGCACCAGAGACGGGUGCUCACCGCGCAUCCUGCUGCUGACACACGGCGCCGUCGUGUGGCACCGGCACGUCGACUCCUCGAGCCCGCGCUUCGAGGUUGCCGGCGACGCGUCCUCGCAGCCCGUCUCCUUCCGCCUCAGCCUCUCGGCGGCCGAGUCAAGCGAGGCGUGCUCCCUAGCUGUGGCUCCUGUCUGGACAGCCAUGCUCCUAGCCAUGCUCCUGGGCAUGCUCUGCAGCCGGCAGACCCGGUGGUAGUGCCGCAGUAGCCAUGCUCGCACACUGUCUCUGCGCCUCGGGGCAGUGGCUGACUGACCAGUGAGCCGCCUAUGCUUCCCACUAGGACGACGCCAACCGCCGCUCGCGCCUCUCCCUCGCCUCGCAGCCGUCGAGCCGUCGAGAGAGCCGCCGCUGGAGCACCGAUUGGCUGCCCCGCAGCGGGCAGUCCGCGAGGCGGAAGGUGCCGCCGCCCGCGCGCCGCUCAAAGUCGGUCGACUGCCCCGCGCCGACUCGCGCGCGCGGCUCUGGAGGCUGCUCGAUGAGCUCGCCGCUCGGACGCAGGUCGAUCCCGGGCCUCGACAGGAGGGAGGGCGGGAGGGAGGGCGGGCGGGAUGCCGUGCCCGCCGUCCUGCAGAGGGCGGCGAGUGUGCCGCGCCUCUCCCGCCGCUGGAGCAGCGUGCUCGGCUGGCGCGGGUUCCGCAGCGGUCAGCGGCGGAGGCGCUCGAGCGAGCGGGCGGGGCGCCGCUCGGCGUCGAGCGUCGCCACGGACAGCGAGGGGGAGGGAGGGGCGCCGCCGCAGAGCGCCAGAGGGGACGAGGGCGAGGGCUCCAAUUCGCCCUCCAACUCGCCCCCCGGGGGGGAGACCGAGUCGGAGCAGCGGCGCUCGCGCUUUGGCGCGCUGGGGGGGCUCGCGGUGGCGUCGGCCGCUCUGCUGGGCGUGGCGGCCCUAAAGGGCGCGCCGCGGCGCUGACGGCUCGCCUGAGCCAUGCUGCUGCGCCCCGCUCUCGUGUGCGCACACAGCGCACGCUCUGCGGCGGUGGGGGCGGAGGCCUGGACUGCCCGCAGCCUAGGCACCGGCCCUCCGGCUCCGCCCGCUCUCAGGGAGAGUCUCCUCUCGCCGUCGGUUGUGGGAUUCUUCAAUGGUUCCAUAUUAUUAUAUUAUCGGGCGCAGCAAGCCAACGGGGGGGCUAGCGCGUGCGCGCCACGCCGGACCAUUUUUCGCUCUCGCGAGUUUUAUCGACACUCCUCACUCGAGCACGCAUUGCUCUUGCCCUCUUAGAUAUAAAGUCUUUCGCUCGUCAGACGUCACAACUCACAUUGUCACGUUGUGCUUGUACGUGGCCAGUACAUAUU